UUUGGUUCGAUGGUGUUUCAGAUGGAAAAGCUAAAAUGAAGAAGCAGGGGAUUCUGCAACAUUGCAACCGAGCGUCGCCUACGGCACGUGAGCACUUCUCUCACGAACGAGAUCGUACUCCGACAACAUGUUUUACUUGCCCAUACGUUCAUCCGCUGGAGGCAGCACACCACCGGUUGAUCUCAAAGUUGACUAAAUCUCGAAAACAACAUGACAUGCGUAUCAGGCGCUGGAAUUUUAUAUUCAUUCAUGCUCCUACAUAAUGCGUGCCUCGGUUCAUCCGAUGCAACGCCACCGUCCGUCCUACAGCUCUGGUCGCGCGAGCUAAUAAUAACAGAUGGCGUGGCCUGCGCCGCCGUUCCUGCACGCGCCGUCGCCGCUCGAGGCGUGGGCGUCGGCGGCGGGCGCCGUCGCGAUGGCCUUCCUGGCCGUCUCCGAGUUCCGAGGCGACCACUUGGCCUACUCCAAGUUCUCGCGCGGCGGCGGCGGCGGCGGCGGCGGCGGCCAGCAAGGGACGAAGCAGCAGCAGCAGCGGCAGCGGGUGCGGGUACCGAGCCGAAUCGGGAUGGUGCUGCUCUACUUCCCGGCGCUCGCCGCCGCGGUCGCGUCCUUCGCGGUGCCAGGCGCCGUCGACGGCGCGCGCGCGCACGUCCUCAGCGCCGCCAUCGCCGUCCACUUCCUCAAACGGGUCCUCGAGGCGCUCUUCCUCCACCGGUACAGCGGGAGCAUGCCGCUGGCCACGUCGCUGCUGAUCGCCGGCCACUACCUGUUCGCCGGCGGCGGCAUGAUCUACGCGCAGCGCCUCAGGCGCCGCGGGCUCCCGGAGCCCCGCGUGGACCUGCUGCUUCCCGGCGUGCUCGCCUUCGCCGUCGGCCUCGCCGGCAACUUCUACCACCACUACCUCCUCUCGAGGCUGAGGGCGCGCCACGGCGGUGACGCAGGCGGCGAGGGGGCGUACAGGAUCCCCAGCGGCGGGCUGUUCGGCCUCGUCGCCUGCCCGCACUACCUCUUCGAGACCCUCGCCUUCUUCGGCCUCGCCAUGGUCUCCCAGACGCUGUUCGCGCUCACCGUGGCCGUGGGCACCGCGGCCUACCUCGCCGGCCGGAGCCGCGCCACCAGGAAGUGGUACGCCGCCAAGUUCGACGACUUCCCGUCCAGGGUCAAAGCUCUUGUGCCCUAUGUCUGGUAGCGUAAUGUGUUCUGGGAUUAUGUAUGAUAUAAUAAAAGAUACUAUUGUUGUGUGCAUAUUUAUUAAUUACGAUAAUUAUUGUGGUGUGCA